AUGAACAGCACCGCGAGGGAUGCCCAGGCCCCGAGCCACCGUGAGUGCCUCCUGCCCUCUGUGGCUCGCACCCCCUCGGUCACCAAGGUCACGCCAGCCAAGAAGAUCACCUUCCUCAAGCGAGGGGAUCCACAGUUUGCUGGGGUCCGCCUGGCCGUUCACCAGCGCGCCUUUAAGACCUUCAGCGCCCUCAUGGAUGAGCUCUCCCAGCGCGUGCCUCUCUCCUUUGGGGUGCGCUCUGUCACCACACCCCGGGGCCUGCACAGCCUCAGCGCCCUGGAGCAGCUGGAAGAUGGUGGCUGCUAUCUCUGCUCUGAUAAGAAGCCCCCCAAGACCCCCAGUGGACCAGGCCGGCCACAGGAGAGAAACCCCACUGCUCAGCACUUGCGGGAUAUCGAAGGCCAGCGUGAAGCCCCAGGAACCUCCUCCUCCCGGAAGAGUCUUAAAACCCCCCGGAGGAUACUGCUAAUUAAGAAUACGGACCCUCGCCUCCAGCAGACAGUGGUUCUCAGUCACAGGAAUACUAGGAACCUGGCUGCCUUUCUCAGCAAAGCCUCAGAUCUCCUGCACUUUCCUGUGAAGCAGUUGUACACGACCAGCGGGAAAAAGGUGGACUCGCUGCAGGCCCUGCUGCACAGCCCCUCUGUGCUGGUGUGUGCCGGGCAUGAGGCCUUCAGACCCCCAGCCAUGAAAAAUGCCAGGAGAAGCGAGGCUGAAACUUUAUCUGGGCUGACUUCAAGAAACAAAAAUGGGAGCUGGGGGCCAAAGACGAAGCCGAGUGUGAUCCAUUCGCGGUCCCCGCCAGGCAGCAGGCCACGGCUGCCAGAAAGGCCUGGUCCUAGCAACCCCCCGGCGGGCCCUGCUCCUGACAGGCACCCUCAGGACACGCCAGCUCAGCCGGGCCCGCUGGUGGCCGGCGAUGACAUGAAGAAGAAGGUCCGCAUGAAUGAGGACGGCAGCCUGUCGGUGGAGAUGAAAGUCCGCUUCCACCUGGUUGGCGAGGACACGCUCCUGUGGUCCCGGAGAAUGGGCAGGGCCAGCGCCCUCACGGCAGCCAGUGGGGAAGACCCCGUUCUGGGGGAGGUGGACCCCCUCUGCUGUGUGUGGGAGGGCUACCCUUGGGGCUUCUCAGAGCCUGGGGUGUGGGGACCCCGGCCCUGCAGGAUGGGAUGCAGGGAAGCCUUUGGCCGAGGCGGGCAGCCAGGGCCCAAGUAUGAAAUCUGGACGAAUCCCCUGCACGCCUCCCAGGGGGAGAGAGUGGCAGCUCGGAAGAGGUGGGGACUGGCCCAGCACGUCCGCUGCAGUGGCCUGUGGGGCCACGGGACUGCUGGGAGGGAGAGAUGCAGCCAGGACAGUGCCAGCCCAGCCUCCAGCACCGGCCUCCCCGAGGUCUCGGAGCCAGACUCCUCCUGCUGCCCCAGGACCCCGGAGGACGGGGUGGACAGCAGCAGCCCCUCUGCCCAAAGAGGGGCUGAGCGGAAAGCUGGAGGGAGCCUGGGUGAGGACCCCGGCCUGUGCACAGAUGGAGCAGGGCUGGGUGGCCCAGAGCAAGGUGGCCGCCUGACACCCAGGGCCCGGAGUGAGGAGGGGGCUUCUUCAGACUUGUCAGCCAGCACCGGAUCUCACGAGGGAUCCAGCGAAUGGGAUGGGCGGCCCCAGGGCUGUCCAGGCAAGGCAAGGGCCGAGACCUCUCAGAAGGAGGCCACCGAGGGAGGCGACCCCGGUUCUCCAGCCCUGAGUCUUUCAUCUUUAAGGAGUGAGGACCUGCAGGCAGAGAUGCAAGGACAGGGUACCGAGCAGGCCAGGGGGGCAUCUGUGACAAAGGAGCCUCUGGUUCCAGGCCUUUCCGGCUCCUGGGACUCGGAAGGAGCCUCUUCCACCCCUUCCACCUGCGCUUCAUCUCAGCAGGGGUGGAGAAAGCAUAGAAGCCGGGCCAGUGCAAUGUCCUCACCCAGCAGCCCUGGCCUUGGCCGAGUGGCCCCGAGAGGCCAUCCCAGGCAUUCUCACUACUGCAAGGACACCCACAGCCCACUGGACUCCUCUGCAACCAAGCAAGUGCCGAGGCCUCCUGAGCAGCGAAGGGCCUGCCAGGAUGGCUCAGUGCCACGAUCUUCUGGAAGCUCAUCGAGCACCAGGACCCAGGCCUCCGGGAACCUGAGACCUCCCUCCUCGGGAUCUCUUCCUUCCCAGGACCUUCUGGGAACCAGCAGUGCCACUGUCACCCCUACAGGCCACUCAGAUUUUGCUUCUGGAGUCUCCCUGCACAACGCUCCCUCUGCCGGGCGGGCAGGGGACGCGGGGUCCAGGACAUGCUUGCCGGCCCCCAUACCGCCCCACACAUCCGACUCCUGCUCAAAAUCUGGGGCUGCCAGCCUGGGGGAAGAGGCCAGGGACACGCCUCAGCCCUCCUCACCCUUGGUUCUGCAGGUUGGAUGGCCUGAGCAAGGGGCGGUGGGCCCCCACCAAAGCCGCUGCUGCUCACAGGCUGGGACGCAGCCGGCCCAAGAGGCCCAGUGGGGACCCUCCCCUGAGGCCAGCUGGCUGUGUGGCAGGUACUGUCCCACCCCGCCCAGGGGGCGGCCCUGCCCCCAGAGGCGCUCUUCCAGCUGUGGGAGCACCAGCAGCAGCCACCGAAGUGCUGCCCAGGGGCCAGGUGGGAGCCAGCAGGAGGAGGGGACACGCCAGGCAGGCCCCACGCCGUCCCCGGGCCCCAAUUCAGGGGCAUCAAGGAGAAGCAGUGCCAGCCAGGGUGCGGGGUCUGGGGGGCUGUCCCAGGAGAAGACCUCGAGGAGUGGGGGAGGCCCCCAGGGGCAGGAGGAGGCCAGUGGUGUGUCACCCAGCUCUCUGCCCCGAUCAUCUCCAGAAGCUGUGGUCCGUGAAUGGCUGGACAACAUUCCAGAAGAGGCCAUACUCAUGACAUAUGAGAUGGUGGACGAGACCACAGGUGCAGCCGGGGGUGGCCUGAGAGGACCCGAGGUGGACCCUGGGGAUGACCAUUCUCUGGAAGGCCUGGGGGAGCCAGCUCAGGCGGGACAACAGUCCCUGGAAGGGGACCCCGGCCAGGACCCAGAGCCAGAGGGAGCCCUCCUGGGGAGUAGGGACAGUGGUCCCCAAUCAGGAGAGGGUGUCCCCCAAGGGGCAGCUCCAGAGGGAGUUUCCGAGGCCCCUGCAGAGGCCGGAGCAGACAGAGAGGCCCCAGCCGGCUGCGAGGUGAGCCUGCGGGCACUUCCUGGCCGGGUGUCUGCCUCCACGCAGAUCAUGAGGGCGCUGAUGGGCUCCAAGCAGGGCCGGCCCAGCAGCGUGCCCGAAGUGUCUAGGCCCGUGGCCAGGAGGCUCAGCUGCUCAGCCGGGGCCCUCAUUACUUGUCUGGCCAGUCUCCAGUUAUUUGAUGAAGACCUUGGGUCUCCUGCCAGCAAAGUGAGGUUCAAAGACUCCCCUCGGUACCAGGAGCUGCUCAGCAUCUCGAAGGACCUGUGGCCAGGAUGUGACCUUGGGGAAGACCAGCUGGACUCAGGCCUCUGGGAGCUCACAUGGAGCCAGGCUCUGCCGGACCUUGGGUCCCAUGCCGUGACAGAGAACUUCACGCCCACGUCCUCCUCUGGUGUGGACGUCAGCAGCAGCUCUGGAGGCUCAGGGGAGAGCAGCAUACCCUGUGCCAUGGACGGCACCCUAGUCCCACAGGGGACAGAGCUGCCCCUGAAAACCUCCAACCAGAGGCCUCAUUCCAGAACCUCUGAGAACCCAGGGGAUCUGGAAAACCAACAGCAGUGUUGUUUCCCAACCUUCUUGAAUGCCGGAGCCUGCGCUUGUGCCACCAAUGAGGAUGAAGCAGAAAGAGACAGUGAGGAGCAGAGGGCGAGCUCCAACCUGGAGCAGUUAGCUGAAAACACAGUGCAAGAAGAGGUGCAAUUAGAGGAAACUAAAGAAGGAACAGAAGGAGAAAGGCUGCAAGAAGGGGGGGUGCAGUUAGAGGAAACUAAAACAGAAGAAGGGCUGCAGGAAGAGGGGGGGGUGCAGUUAGAGGAAACUAAAGGAACAGAAGGAAAAGGACAGCAAGAAGAAGAGGUGCAGUUAGAGGAAACUGAAGAAACAGGAGGAGAAGGGCUGCAAGAAGAGGGGGCGCAGUUAGAGGAAGUUAAAGAAGGACCAGGAGGAGGACUGCAAGGAAAGGCUCUUGAAGAGGGUCUCAAAGAGGAAGGACUUCCAGAAGAAGGAAGUGUCCACGGGCAGGAAUUGUCAGAGGCCAGCUCUCCAGAUGGGAAAGGCUCCCGGGAAGAUGACCCAGUCCAGGAGGAGGAAGCAGGAAGAGCCUCUGCCUCUGCAGAGCUGUGCCCCCCAGAGGGCACAGAGGAACCCACAGAGCCCCCUAGUCAUCUCAGCGAGACGGAUCCAAGUGCCAGCGAGAGUCAAAGUGGCUCCCAGCUUGAGCCUGGCUUGGAAAAGCCUCCCGGAGCCACCGUGACGGGCCAAGAGCACACGCAGGCCCAACUCACCCAGGGGGCUGCAGAGAGGAGCUCUUCAGCUGCCUGCAGAGCGGCUCUGGACUGCGACCCCAUCUGGGUGUCCGUGUUACUGAAGAAGACGAAGAAGGCCUUCCUGGCCCACCUUGCCAGCGCGGUGGCUGAGCUCCGAGCACGCUGGGGUCUGCAGGACAACGAUCUGCUGGACCAGAUGGUGGCCGAGCUGCAGCAGGACGUGGCCCAGCGCCUCCAGGACAGCACCAAGAGAGAGCUCCAGAAGCUCCAGGGCCGGGCGGGGCGGAUGGUGCUGGAGCCUCCCAGGCAGGCCCUCACUGGGGAGCUGCUCCUGCAGACCCAGCAGCGUAGACACCGUCUCCGGGGCCUGCGAAACCUCUCGGCCUUCUCUGAGCGGACCCUGGGCCUGGGGCCCCCCUCCUUCACCCUGGAGGACGAGCCAGCCCUCAGCACAGCCCUGGGGAGCCAGCUGGGUGAGGAGGCGGAGGGCGAGGAGUUCUGUCCCUGCGAGGCCUGCGUGAGGAAGAAAGUGAGCCCUACGUCCCCCAAGGCCACAAUGGGGGCAACCAGAGGUCCCAUCAAAGAGGCCUUUGACCUGCAGCAGAUUCUGCAGAGGAAGAGGGGAGAACACACCGAUGGGGAGGCAGCAGAGGUGGCCCCUGGCAAGACCCACACAGACCCCACGAGCACCAGGACUGUCCAGGGGGCUGAGGGAGGGCUGGGGCCGGGGCUGAGCCAGGGGCCUGGAGUGGACGAGGGUGAGGACGGCGAGGAGAGCCAGAGACUCGACAGAGACAAAGAUCCCAAACUGGGGGAGGCAGAGGGAGAUGCAAUGGCUCAGGAGAGUAAAGGGAAAACCCACGACAGCGAAACCAGUGCGGGCAGCGAGCUGGGGGAAGCCGAGCAGGAGGGAGAGGGCAUAAGUGAAAGGGGAGAAACUGGGGCCCAGGGCUCUGGGCAUGAGGACAACUUGCAGGGUGAAGCUGCGGCAGGAGGUGACCAAGAUCCAGGACAGAGUGAUGGGGCCGAAGGCAUAGAGGCCCCGAAGGCUGAAGGGGAGUCCCAGCCAGAGUCAGAAGGUGUAGAGGCCCAGGAGGCUGAAGAGGAGUCCCAGCCAGAGUCAGAAGGUGUAGAGGCCCAGGAGGCUGAAGAGGAGUCCCAGCCAGAGUCAGAAGGUGUAGAGGCCCCAGAGGCAGAAGGGGAGUCCCAGCCAGAGUCAGAAGGUGUAGAGGCCCAGGAGGCAGAAAAGGAGGCCCAGGAGGCUGAAGAGGAGGUCCAGCCAGAGUCAGAAGGUGUAGAGGCCCCAGAGGCAGAAGGGGAGGCCCAGGAGGCAGAAAAGGAGGCCCAGCCAGAGACAGAAAGUGUAGAGGCCCUGGAGACUGAAGGGGAGGACCAGCCAGAGUCAGAAGGCGCAGAGGCCCAAGAGGCAGAAGAGGAGGCCCAAGAGGCAGAAGAGGAGGCCCAGGAGGCAGAAGGGGAGGCCCAGCCAGAGUCAGAAGUUGUAGAGGCCCCAGAGGUUGAAGGGGAGAUGCAGGAGGCAGAAGGGAAGGCCCAGCCAGAGUCAGAAGGUGUAGAGGCCCCAGAGGUUGAAGAGGAGACCCAGAAGACAGAAGGGGGUGCCCAGCCAGAGUCAGAUGGUGUAGAGGCCCAGGAGGCAGAAGAGGAGGUCCAGGAGGCAGAAGGGGAGGUCCAGGAGGCAGAAGGGGAGGCCCAGCCAGAGUCAGAAGGUAUAGAGGCCCAGCCAGAGUCAGAAGGUGUAGAGGUCCAGGAGGCAGAAGGGGAGGCCCAGCCAGAGUCAGAAGGUGUAGAGGCCCCAGAGGUUGAAGAGGAGACCCAGAAGACAGAAGGGGGUGCCCAGCCAGAGUCAGACGGUGUAGAGGCCCAGGAGGCAGAAGAGGAGGUCCAGGAGGCAGAAGGGGAGGCCCAGCCAGAGUCAGAAGGUGUAGAGGCCCAGGAGGCAGAAGAGGAGGUCCAGGAGGCAGAAGGGGAGGCCCAGCCAGAAUCAGAAGGUGUAGAGGCCCCAGAGGCUGAAGGGCAGGCCCAGCCAGAGUCAGAAAGUGUAGAGGCCCCAGAGGCAGAAGGGGAGGCCCAACCAGAGUCAGAAGGUGUAGAGGCCCUGGCAGCUGAAGAGGAGGCCCAGCCAGAGCCAGAAGGCGUAGAGGCCCCGGAGGCUGAAGGGGAGGCCCAGCCAGAGUCAGAAGGAGAAACUCAAGGUGAGAAAAAGGGGAGCCCUCAGGUCAGUCUAGGGGAUAGCCAGUCUGAGGAGGCUUCUGAAAGCAUCAGCCCAGUCCCUGAGGACAGGCCCACUCCACCCCCUUCCCCAGGUGGAGACACUCCCCACCAAAGGCCAGGCUCCCAAACAGGCCCUUCCUCCUCCAGAGCAUCCUCUCGGGGCAACUGCUGGUGGAAAGACUCAGAAAAUGACCAUGUACGUGGAGACACAAGGAGCCCUGACGCCAAGUCCAUGGGGGCCCUUCAUGCAGAGAGGAAGGCCACCAGGAUGUACCCAGAAAGUUCCACUUAUGAGCAAGAAGAGGCCCGUUUGGGCCCAAGGACUCCAGAGCAGGGGGCCAGUGAAGGCUGUGACCUACAAGAGGACCAGGCACUUGGAAGUCUCACCCGCACCGAGGCAGUGGGCAGGGCAGACGGCUUUGGCCAAGAUGACUUAGAUUUCUAG